AUGGCUUCUCCAAGGCGUUCGUGGUCGUUGUCUCUGCUGCCACCUGAGAUAAUACAAGAAAUCUUUUACAAGACUCCGGCGGAAGCUCUCGUCCUAUCAAAACCAACAUGCAAGAAACUCUACACUCUCAUCACCGACCACAGUUUCAUCUACAAACACUUCCAACGCACUCAAGAACACUUCAUAAGAGCCUCCGAUACGGUACAAAUCAUGGAUCCAAUAACCAGAAAAAUCUCAGUUUCACCAGUCCCAAACGAGUUAUUACGACAUCCAUUCAAGAUUGAUACUUUGGUCAACACACACAUGGUUCACUGCGAUGGGUUCAUGCUGGUUGCGUAUGAUGAACCAGAGGUUGAGAUUUAUGAGUGCAAAACGAGUUCUUGGAGGACGCUUGAUGUGGAACUUGAUGUGGGUGUGAUUAUCAUGCUUAACUGUGUGGCUGUGAUGGGUAACAUGUAUUGGGUUGCUUAUAGGGAUGAAGAAGUAGAAACAGAGUUUAUCUGGAGUUUCGAUUUCUCAGAUGAAUCAUUCAAGGAGAUAUGUUUCUGUCCUCCUUCUUAUGAUAUUAGUCACUUAGCUUCUUUAAAUGGAGAUAGCUUGUCUUUGUUAAAACAAGACGAAGUAUCAAGAACCAUUGAGGUGUGGGUUUCAAGCAAGUUGGGUGAUGGUGAUGGUGAUGUCUCGUUUAGCAAAUAUUUCAGUUUGUCCGGUCCUGACAUUCCGGCGUUACGGAUCGAUGAUGAGGCGGCUCGUCCUGUAUACUGCUUUGUGAAGACUAAGAGUGUUAUUGUAUGGUGCGUGGGAGUUGAAGGAGAAGGUGAUAAGGUUUGUCGUUGCCUUACUCUGUAUGAGAUUGAUGAGGAUGGGGUGAGAAAUGAUAAGGUGACAGAGCGUGACUACGUGCAUGACUAUUCUCGCUCCAACCUUUGUGGCUAUGUUUAUGUUCCAAGUAUGAUCCCUCUUCCAUGGGUAGGAGAGUAA